CGGGGCCCCGUUCCCGGCGGAGGCCAUGGGCGACCCAGCCCCCGCCCGCAGCCUGGACGACAUCGACCUGUCCGCCCUGCGGGGGACACGCGUUCGAUCCCUGGUCCAGUAAGAUGCCACAUGCUGCGGAGCAACAAAGCCCGUGCGCCACAACUACUGAAGCCCACGCACCUAGAGCCCGUGCUCCGCAACAAGAGAAGCCACCGCAAUGAGAAGCCCGCGCACCGCAAGGAAGAGUAGCCCCCACUCACUGCAACUAGAGAAAGCCCGCGCACAGCAAGGAAGACCCAACGCAGCCAAAAAUAAAUAAAUGAAUAAUAAAAAAUAAAAUGAAAUAACUUUUGCCAGGCACCGUCUUAAGCAUUUUAUGGGCAUUUCCUCGUUUGAAGUUGACCCCAGCCCAGAGGACCCUGCUGGAAUCUUUGAGCUGGUGGAGGUGGUCGGCAAUGGAACCUACGGACAGGUGUACAAGGGUCGGCAUGUCAAGACCGGGCAGCUGGCUGCCAUCAAGGUCAUGGAUGUCACGGAGGAUGAGGAGGAAGAGAUCAAACAGGAGAUCAACAUGUUGAAAAAAUACUCUCACCACCGCAACAUCGCCACCUACUACGGGGCCUUCAUCAAGAAGAGCCCCCCGGGGAACGACGACCAGCUCUGGCUGGUGAUGGAGUUCUGUGGUGCUGGUUCUGUGACAGACCUGGUGAAGAACACGAAAGGGAACGCCCUGAAGGAGGACUGUAUCGCCUACAUCUGCAGGGAGAUUCUCCGGGGUCUGGCCCAUCUCCACGCCCACAAGGUGAUCCACCGAGACAUCAAGGGGCAGAAUGUGCUGCUGACAGAGAAUGCCGAGGUCAAGCUAGUGGAUUUCGGGGUGAGCGCGCAGCUGGACCGCACCGUGGGCAGGCGGAACACUUUCAUCGGGACCCCCUACUGGAUGGCCCCCGAGGUCAUCGCUUGUGAUGAGAACCCUGAUGCCACCUACGAUUACAGGAGUGACAUUUGGUCUUUAGGAAUCACAGCCAUCGAGAUGGCAGAGGGAGCCCCCCCUCUGUGUGACAUGCACCCCAUGCGAGCCCUCUUCCUCAUCCCCCGGAACCCGCCACCCAGGCUCAAGUCCAAGAAAUGGUCUAAGAAGUUCAUCGACUUCAUUGACACGUGUCUCAUCAAGACUUACCUGAGCCGCCCACCGACGGAGCAGCUGCUCAAGUUCCCGUUCAUCCGCGACCAGCCCACCGAGCGGCAGGUCCGCAUCCAGCUCAAGGACCACAUUGACCGAUCCCGGAAGAAACGAGGCGAGAAAGAGGAGACAGAAUAUGAGUACAGUGGCAGCGAAGAGGAAGACGACAGCCAUGGAGAGGAAGGAGAGCCAAGCUCCAUCAUGAAUGUGCCGGGGGAGUCGACCCUCCGCCGGGAAUUCCUCCGGCUCCAGCAGGAGAACAAGAGCAACUCGGAGGCUUUAAAGCAGCAGCAGCAGCUGCAGCAGCAGCAACAGCGAGACCCAGAGGCGCACAUCAAGCACCUGCUGCACCAGCGGCAGCGGCGCAUCGAGGAGCAGAAGGAAGAGCGGCGGCGGGUUGAGGAGCAGCAGCGGCGGGAGCGGGAGCAGCGGAAGCUGCAGGAGAAGGAGCAGCAGCGGCGGCUGGAGGACAUGCAGGCCCUGCGGCGGGAGGAGGAGCGGCGGCAGGCGGAGCGGGAGCAGGAAUACAAGCGGAAGCAGCUGGAGGAGCAGCGGCAGUCGGAGCGCCUGCAGAGGCAGCUGCAGCAGGAGCACGCCUACCUCAAGUCCCUGCAGCAGCAGCAGCAAGUCCUGCCCGGGGACAGGAAGCCCCUGUACCAUUACGGUCGGGGCAUUAACCCUGCCGACAAACCGGCCUGGGCCCGAGAGGUAGAAGAGAGAACGAGGAUGAACAAGCAGCAGAACUCUCCCUUGGCCAAGACCAAGCCAGGCAGCACAGGGCCUGAGCCCCCCGUCCCCCAGGCCUCCCCUGGGCCCCCAGGACCCCUUUCCCAAACUCCUCCUAUGCAGAGGCCGGUGGAGCCCCAGGAGGGACCACACAAGAGCCUGGUGGCACACCGGGUCCCACUGAAGCCAUAUGCAGCGCCUGUACCCCGAUCCCAGUCCCUGCAGGACCAGCCCACCCGAAACCUGGCUGCCUUCCCAGCCUCACACGACCCCGACCCCGCCGUGCCCGCACCCACUGCCACGCCUAGUGCCCGAGGAGCCGUCAUCCGCCAGAACUCAGACCCCACUUCCGAAGGGCCUGGCCCCAGCCCGAACCCCCCAGCCUGGGUCCGGCCUGAUAAUGAGGCCCCUCCCAAGGUGCCUCAGAGGACCUCAUCUAUCGCCACUGCCCUUAACACCAGUGGGGCUGGAGGGUCCCGGCCAGCCCAGGCUGUCCGUGCCAGACCUCGCAGCAACUCCGCCUGGCAAAUCUAUCUGCAAAGGCGGGCAGAGCGGGGCAACCCCAAGCCUCCAGGGCCCCCCGCUCAGCCCCCUGGCCCGCCCAACGCUUGUAGUAACCCUGACCUCAGGAGGAGUGACCCUGGCUGGGAGUGCUCGGACAGCGUCCUCCCCGCCUCUCACGGGCGCCUCCCCCAGGCUGGCUCACUGGAGCGGAACCGGGUGGGAGCCUCCUCCAAACUGGACAGCUCCCCCGUGCUCUCCCCUGGGAACAAAGCCAAGCCCGAUGACCACCGCUCGCGGCCAGGCCGGCCCGCAGAUUUUGUAUUGCUGAAAGAGCGGACCCUGGACGAGGCCCCCCGGCCUCCCAAGAAGGCCAUGGACUACUCGUCAUCCAGCGAGGAGGUGGAGAGCAGCGAGGACGACGAGGAGGAGAGCAACGGCGAACCGUCAGAGGGGAGCAGAGAUACCCCUGGGGGCCGCAGCGAUGGAGACACAGACAGCGUCAGCACCAUGGUGGUCCAUGACGUGGAGGAGAUAGCCGGGACCCAGACCCCUUAUGGGGGUGGCACCAUGGUGGUCCAGCGCACCCCUGAAGAGGAGCGAAGCCUGCUGCAUGCUGAUAGCAACGGUUACACGAACCUGCCAGAUGUGGUCCAACCCAGCCACUCGCCCACCGAGAGCAGCAAAGGUCAAAGCCCCCCCUUGAAGGAUGGAGGCAGUGAUUACCAGUCUCGUGGGCUGGUAAAGGCCCCUGGCAAGAGCUCGUUCACGAUGUUUGUGGACCUGGGGAUCUACCAGCCUGGAGGCAGUGGGGACACCAUCCCCAUCACAGCCCUGGUGGGUGGAGAGGGCAGUCGGCUCGAUCAGCUGCAGUAUGACGUGAGGAAAGGCUCUGUGGUCAACGUGAACCCCACCAACACCCGGGCCCACAGCGAAACCCCCGAGAUUCGGAAGUACAAGAAGCGGUUCAAUUCCGAGAUCCUCUGUGCGGCCCUUUGGGGGGUCAACCUGCUGGUGGGCACGGAGAACGGGCUGAUGUUGCUGGACCGAAGUGGGCAGGGCAAGGUGUAUGGACUCAUCGGGCGGCGACGCUUCCAGCAAAUGGAUGUGCUGGAGGGACUCAACUUGCUCAUCACCAUCUCAGGGAAAAGGAACAAACUGCGGGUAUAUUAUUUGUCCUGGCUCCGGAACAAGAUCCUGCACAAUGACCCAGAAGUGGAGAAGAAGCAGGGCUGGACCACUGUGGGGGACAUGGAGGGCUGCGGGCACUACCGUGUUGUGAAAUAUGAACGCAUCAAAUUCCUGGUCAUUGCCCUGAAGAACUCUGUGGAGGUGUAUGCUUGGGCCCCCAAACCUUACCACAAAUUCAUGGCUUUCAAGUCCUUUGCUGACCUCCCACACCGCCCUCUGCUGGUGGACCUGACGGUAGAGGAGGGACAGAGGCUCAAGGUCAUCUAUGGCUCCAGCGCCGGCUUCCAUGCUGUGGAUGUCGACUCGGGGAACAGCUAUGACAUCUACAUCCCUGUGCACAUCCAGAGCCAGAUCACGCCCCAUGCCAUCAUCUUCCUCCCCAACACGGAUGGCAUGGAGAUGCUGCUGUGCUACGAGGACGAGGGCGUCUAUGUCAACACGUAUGGGCGGAUCAUUAAGGACGUGGUGCUGCAGUGGGGCGAGAUGCCCACCUCUGUCGCCUAUAUCUGCUCCAACCAGAUCAUGGGCUGGGGUGAGAAAGCCAUUGAGAUCCGCUCCGUGGAGACGGGCCACCUUGACGGGGUCUUCAUGCACAAACGAGCCCAGAGGCUCAAGUUCCUGUGUGAGCGAAACGACAAGGUGUUUUUUGCCUCAGUCCGCUCCGGGGGCAGCAGCCAAGUUUACUUCAUGACCCUGAACCGUAACUGCAUCAUGAACUGGUGACGGGGCCCUGGACGGGGCUGUCCCACGUGGACCAGCUCUCCCCCCCAACACCCAGACUUCCCGGGCCGCCCUUCUUUUCCCUCCCUGGGCUUUGCUUUUACUGGUUUGAUUCACUGGAGCCUGCUGGGAACGUGACCUCUGACCCCUGAUGCUUUUGUGAUCACGUGACCAUCCUCUUCCCCAACAUGUUCUCUCCCCAAAACUGUGCCUGUCCCAACUUCUGGGGAGAGGCACAGCUUCCCCUUACCAGGAAUUGAGUGGGCCUAGCCCCACCCCCCCCUUUCUCCACUUGAGAGUGCUUGGGGCUUGGACCCCAUACCCCACUGCUGCUGACUCGGCAGGGCCCUGGGCCCCUUUAUUUGCACGUCAGGGGAGCCGGCUCCCCCCUUGAAUGUACCAGACCCUGGGGGGGGUCACUGGGCCCUAGGUUUUAGGGGGGUCACCAGCCACUCCAGGGGCAGGGACCAUUUCCUCAUUUUCUGAAAGCACUUUAAUGAUUCCCCUCCCCCCAAACCCCAGGGAAUGGAGGGGGGACCCCGCCAGCCAAAACAUUUACCCCUUUCCAACCCCCGUCUCUUCUAGCCUCUGCCCUUCCCUGGUGGAGGGAGGGAGCAGGGAGCUCUCACCCUCCAUACCCCCUUGCUUGCAUCUGUAUAUAGUGUGAGCAGCAAGUAGCCCCGGCCCCUCCCUGCCCCCACCACUCCUCAAUGUAGUGGCCUUGGAGAUCUCCGUUUGUUAAUAAAGACAAUUCAACCAGC